GUGUGCCGCAGACCGGCAGAUUAGCCCGGCUCAACGCGCCAUUGAGAGCAGCUCGACUCAUUUUUAGCUGAACGGACGAGGCUCCUGCUUUAACAACCACCGGCUCUUUUUCGGUCCUUUGUUUCCUCGGAAUUUAACCGGCUCGGUUCUCGUGUACUGUGCGACUCUUCAGUCCUUAAGGAAUGCCCAGAGAGCUGACCCAGAACAGGAUCCAAAAGAUCUGGGUGCCCACCAAGGAUGACAAGCCGGCACCUCGCAGAGCGGCCGGCGCCCCUCACUUCGCCAACCCCCCCACGGUCAUCGUGAUGGUGGGUCUUCCGGCUAGAGGCAAGACGUACAUGUCCAAGAAACUCACCCGCUACCUCAACUGGAUCGGCAUGCCCACCAAAGUCUUCAAUGUGGGAGAGUACCGCAGAGAGGCGGUCAAGAACUACAGCUCCUAUGACUUCUUCAAGCCUGAUAAUGAGUGUGCCGUGAAAAUCAGGCAGCAAUGUGCCUUAGCAGCCUUGAGGGAUGUCAAAUCCUAUCUGAAGGACGAGGGAGGCCAAGUAGCGGUCUUUGAUGCCACAAACACAACAAGGGAAAGGCGAGACAUGAUCCUGCAGUUUGGCAGUGAAAAUGAUUUCAAGGUCUUUUUCAUCGAGUCCGUGUGCGACGAUCCCAGCGUCAUCGCGUCAAACAUCAUGGAAGUGAAGGUGUCGUGUCCUGACUACCGGGACUGCAACAAGACUGAUGCCAUGUUGGAUUUCCAGAGAAGAAUUGAAUGCUACAAAACCAGCUACCAACCUCUGGACCCUGAUCAGUAUGACAGGGAUCUCUCCUUCAUCAAGGUGAUAGAUGUGGGCCGCCGUUUCCUUGUCAACCGGAUCCAGGAUCACAUCCAGAGUAAGAUUGUCUACUACCUGAUGAACAUCCACGUUCAGCCCCGCACCAUCUACCUGUGUCGGCACGGAGAGAGCACCGACAACCUGGAGGGACGGCUGGGCGGUGAUGCAGGCCUCUCACCUCGCGGCAAACAGUUUUCAGUUGCCCUGGCUCGGUUUGUGGAGGAGCAGCAGCUGCAGGAUCUGAAGGUUUGGACAAGCCAGCUGUGCAGCAGCAUCCAGACUGCAGAGCACCUGGGAGUCCCGUACGAGCAGUGGAAGGCUCUCAAUGAGAUAGACGCUGGACUGUGUGAAGAGAUGACGUAUGAUGAGAUGAAGGAGAAAUUCCCAGAGGAGUUUGCUUUGAGAGAUGAAGACAAAUACUACUAUCGCUACCCAGCUGGAGAGUCCUACCAAGAUCUGGUUCAGCGGGUGGAGCCGGUCAUCAUGGACCUAGAGAGGCAAGAGAACGUCCUGGUUAUUUGUCACCAGGCUGUCAUGCGCUGCCUGCUGGCCUACUUCCUGGAUAAAAGUGCAGAGGAGAUGCCCUACCUGAAGUGUCCCCUCCACACGGUGCUGAAGCUCACCCCGGUCGCCUACGGGUGCAAAGUGGAGUCCAUCUCUCUAAAUGUGGAGGCAGUGAACACCCACAGAGACAGACCGGAGGAGGUGAAGAGGGGUCCUGGCACCUUGAUCAGGAGGAACAGUGUGACUCCUCUGACCAGCCCCGAGACAAACAUCAAGAAACCUCGCAUCGAUGACCUGGACGAGGCGCCGAUCCAGGAGCUGCCUCCGUCUGUUGCCUCGCUGGCACUCUGCAACCCCUCACACAUCCCUCUCGCCCUAGCGGGACAGCACUGGCUGGGCAAAGUUUGCCUACGAACCGUCCUCCAAUAUCUGAAAGUGGUUUCACUCUUAGUCUUUCAAAGGUAAACACACAGUAGAGGCUUUGCAGUUGCUUCAUACUGUAGCUCUGCCAGCAGCCACAUCUAACACUAUUGACGUCAGAUGAGUAUCUGACAACCAGACGAACCAGAUUAGUGUGGCACAAUUAACUCAUUAGAAAAUUCUGCCCCUAAACAAGGAGAAUUUUUGAAGAGAUAAUCAAACUAGCCAGCAGGCAAAAAUUUAACAUGCUAAAGCUAGCUUCCAAUAGAUGCGCUUGUUUUAUGCUACUUAAACAUGUUAAUAAUAAAGCAAUGAUAGUUCGGAGCUCACAAGUUGACAGUAUUCAAAAGCUAAAUUUUAAGUGUCGGUUAUUUAAUGAUUUUCCAUUCUGAAAAAACAAAUGUUACUUUUUUGUGAAGAAUUAAGACAUUUUAGCUGGAGCUAAACAGGCUAUAAGUAGCCAGCAGGCUCAUUUAGCAAAUGUGAAAUGCUAAAGCUAGCUCCCACUAGAUACACUGGCUCUGUGUGAAUCAAACGUGUUAAUGAUAAAACAAUUGUAGUUAGUGUGCUAACAAGCUGACAGCAUUUAGAGGCUAAAUUAAAAUCGUUGAUAAAACCAAUUUCCACUCUGAAGCAAACAAAUGUUAUUUUUUUUGUCUGAAGUAUAAUGAAGAUAUUUUAGAAGAGCCAAUCUAGCAGGCUACAAGUAGCCAACAGGCUCAUUUAGCAAAUGUAAAAUGCUAAAGCUAGCUUCCACUAGAUGCGUUUGUUUUGUGCUAAUCAAAUGUGCUAACAAUAAAACAAUGACAGCUAGUUAACAUGCUAACAAGCUGACAAUAUUCAAUAUUAAAAGAGCUGAUCAAUAAUAAUUCUAUACUUAAAAUAAACAAAUAUUAGUUUUUUUGUGAUAGAAAGUAGUAAGUAAAUAACUAACUGGCAGGCUCAAUUAGCAAAGACACAAAUGUAACAUGCUAAAAUUAGCCUGCACUAGAUAUGUGUUUUGUGCUAAUCAUGCACGCAAAAACAAAAAAAGGUAGUUAGCUAGUUAAUGUGCUAACAAGCUGAUAAUAUUAACAAGCCAAAUUAAAAGAGCUAGUUAUGAUUUUCCAUUCAGAAACAAAUUGAAAUGUUUGUUUUCUGAGAUGGACAAUUUAAAGUUUUAGAAAAGCAGCUGCUGACUGCUACUAAAUAUCCUCCAAAAUGGCCACCAAACUGUGACUUUGGUCCACAGUGAAAGCUCUCAGUAGAACCAUGACUUUUCUCUAGGUUUGUUUAAGUCACUUCUCUUUUUGUUUUGAUAAUGACAUUGGCUUCGACCAAAAUUGGGUCCCUACCACAGACAACCAAAUUGUUCUCGGGCGACAGUUAAAAAAAACAUGCAGUGUCUUUAUUGACUGCGUCAGGGGAAUGGCCUGUUGGCACUAGUUUUGCUGGCACAGUGGAAAAGCGUGGAUAACGCUGUUGGGUGUGUGAGGAUCUUGUCAGGUUCAUUCAUAAUCACCUGAGGAUUACCUCGGUGCAGACACACACACACACGCAGUCAGCCACAGCGACCUCUUCACACACUCAUGAACUCAGUGGUAGUUUUUAUGCCCUCUAAAAAUAUCAUAGAGGAAAUCAGGGCCUGAGAAAACAAAGGUGAUGUAACUUGGGGUUUAGGGAUUACGCUGCAUGAGAGUAUCAUCUGGCCUGAGGAUAUUUGUGCGCUGUCUUUCGUGUUGUUGCUGUUGAACUUCUAGCAGCCAAAUGUAAUGUGUUGCAUAGUUAAUUGUUGCCCA